CACGACGUUUCCCAGUUACUCAUAGUCUUCACCGUCGCCUUUGACACCGUCCCAAUGCAUGAUAUUAUCAAGAUGUGCAGCCAUGAAGCACACGCCCGCCAGCCGAGCGGAGGCGCCCAAUCUGGAGUUCCUCAAGGCCCUCAGCGGUUUCCUCAUGAUGCUGACACAGGGAGGGAAGCUGCUCUACAUCUCCGAUAACGCUGCUGAGUACCUAGGCCACUCAAUGGAGGACCUCCUGAUCCACGGCGACAGCGUCUACGACAUCAUCGACAAGCAGGACCACGCGGCCGUGCAGGCGGAGCUCGUCAGGGGGGCGCAGACAGCCACCGCCGCCCACGAGGAGGACCGCCUCUUCCUCUGCAGGAUGAACGUGUCCAGGAACGCCCGCAGGCAGAUGAGGUUCGGGGACCAGAAGGUCGUCCUGGUGGCGGGGCACUACCUGUCGUACCUGCCGCUGUGCUCGAGAAACGAGCCCGUGUUCCUGGCCCACUGCACGCCCGUCGCCAUGCCCGAGACCCGCGAGAGCGUCGUCCAGGGCGCCACCAACGUCUUCACCUCCGUCCACACCCUCGACAUGAAGUUCAUCAACCUCGAUAAGAACGGCGAGUUCUACCUGGGCUACAACCGCUCCUCGCUGGCCGGCGUGUCGUGGUACCACCUGAUCCACCCCGAGAACAUGCGGGAGGCGCAGACCAAGCACAGGCUCAGGCGGCGGCGGCGGGCAGAGCCAGCAGCCGGUGAUCGUGGCGACGAACCAGGUCCUGGGCGAGAAGGAGGCGGCCGUGCUGCGCGCCAACUCGUGGCUCUACCACUACUACACGAUGCAGUCCAAGCUGCAGUACGGCCUCGCCUACGACACGCACGCGCACCGCGUCCACGCCUACUACCCGCAGGUCAUGACCUACCAGACGGACCCCGCGGCGUCCUACAUGAAUCCUCCGGCGCUCAACGGCAGCCACUACCACCAGUCCUACGCCGCGCCCGCCGCCCACUCGCCCUACUCGCUGGCCUCGCCCUCCGCCUACGCCCACCUGCAGCACUACCACCACCACUACUCCGUCCGCCUGCAGCACGGCCUCGACUACUCGCGCGACCCCGCCUGGGGAUACUACGACGCCGCGCCCGCGUCCUCCGCCCUCGCCUCCGCCUCCGCCCACGCCGGCGCCGCGCCGCCCCGUGGCCGAGGGCGGCGGCGUGGCGGUGGCGACGCCCGUGGCGGUGCGGGCGGCCCCCGCCGGCGUGCACAAGGGCGCCUCGUCGCCCGAGCUGGACCAGCUGGAGGCGCCGUGGAAGGCGUCGCCGACGCAGGAGGUCCCAGACUACCCCGAGUAUUCGCCCUACAUCACGCCGCCCUACUCGGCGGCCACGCCCACCAAGCACCACGUCUUCUCUUUCGAGCACGGCGACCCGAGGGACGCCCACGCCCACCAGGACCAGCACGUGCCCUCGGGCCCGCCCGACCCGCGCGACGCCCCCUGGUACUCGCACGCCUUCGUCAGAUAAUGCCAGAAGCUCGGCAGCAGGACUCACGCCUCCUCACACUGACGCGUUCUGUAGGUCCCUCCUAGUCUGUGCUAGUCCUCCCCCGCUCUGACACUUCGCCGGCCAAGUGAGUCUUCGUCUGCCUUUGAUUUCCUUCUGGAUUCUGGAGGCUGA